AUGACAGACCCUUAUGAAGAGGACCCAGAAAAAAUCCCUACAACCGACAUGUACGCGGAUGUGCCCUUUUAUGGUCGAUACUACCCGAAACCUGAUGACUUUCGCGUUGAAAUUCAGCAUGUCAACUCGCAGACCACAGAGUCACAGAGGUACUGGGCCUCAAUUGUUAGACUCUGUACUGAAGAGAUCCGAAUUUAUCCUGCUGAUGAGGGCGGCCGCGACGUAUUUGCUCUGGGUAGCGUGAUCGUGAAGUCUAGCCAUCUCCACGGACGGGACGGAGCUCAAUAUACGGAAAUCGACUUCUCAUACGCUGAUUCCAAUGAGAUUCGGGCGAUCUCCCUGGCAAAGACCGUUUUGAAAGACGUCAACGUCCCAAAAAUCUACUUUGCAGGGAAGGUACUUACUCUUGUUACUUAUUUGUCGGCUCAAUGA